GUAUUUCACAAAUCUGUUACUGUCUUCUGGUUAUUUGCCGUAUGGAGCCUGUUAUGGAUCUAAAUAAUUAAUGGGUCUUUCUGGAACGUUCGUGUGGAUGGUUUCCCGCAUAUGGCAUCGCUCUGACGAAUCUCUCUGGCACCUUUAGUUUUAAGAGUUAACUGACCUCCUCCUGCUCAGUUCAAUUUCUGCCUUGUUCAAGAUCACCUUUUCGUCUCUUGCACUUUCACUAAAGUCUUCUGGAUGUCUGCGCGAUUCGACUUCUCUUUUGGAAGGUCAAUCAAAGAUGGACGAGGUGUGCGAGUGUGUGUCCUGUGAUAGACUGGCACUCUGCCCGGGGUUGUUUCCUGGGUUGGAUUCGAUACAACAAGGCUCCCCUACAGCCCUCCACCGUGUCCCUAUGGCACUCCCUACGGUGCGCUAUUCGGAUAGUAAAUGCUGCUUUGGUGAAAGUCCUUGUGAAACUUCAAGGCUGGAGUCUCGGAUUUUUGUGAAUUCCUAUGCAUUGUAAGCAAUCUAAAUGGCAAUCGGGGGACGGGACGGGCGAGCGGCUUACACGGAAGUCUGGAUGCCUGGCCGCCUGGCCCAGCGUGAAUGUAGAAGCGCAAAGUGACACGGGGGUUGAGCUCAGCACUGAAAGUGACUGACUUGAGCAGAAUGUCGCGACUCUUAUUUUCUCGUCGUUCUUAUGUUCCUCUUUCCAGAUUCUCCGCCCACACGCUGCCUUUAUCUUUCCGUCUUCCCGACAUUUACCGUCCUAUUAUCUCUCACCCGGUAUUCUCACCCCGCCCGAUUCUCCUGUCGCUUACCGACACUCCACUUGGUCGCCGUCGAUCCUUUUUUUCUUUUCUCUCCUUCUUGCAGACACUUCCUCGCUCAAGCCUUCUCUGACUCUGAGGACGGAACUGCUCGCCUCUGCGGGUGCGUGGGCGUGGUCACGAGUCCCUGUCUCAGAUUGAUGACGUAUUUUUGGGUCGCUUCGUUUCAUUUCGCCAUAGUCUGGCGGCAGUACCUUCUCUCUUGGUUUUUUAAAUUUUAUUCCAGGCAGUCGUCUUCUGCUCCCAAUCCACUUUUGUGUUCGGAUUUCUUUCGGAUCACAACAACAAAGAAGAAGGCAGAAGAUAAAACAAAAGCCUCCUUCGCAGCUCCCAUGGCCAUGUGGUGAGGGCUUGUCAUGUGAGAAGGGAAUUGUAGAACAAAAGAGAGGACACUUGGAGACAGAGAGAAGAGUUUUACACAGAGUAUGGCCUCGGAGAAAAAAGAUGGCAAUGGUAAAAGGCUGCCCUGCAUUAAACAAGAGGACUGUGAGUGGGAGACCGCACCAGAGGGUUUGCGCGUGAAGCUGGAGGACUGUGAAGGGGCAGUUUACGGUUUUAAAGAGGAGGAGUGCCAGUGGGAGAUUGUCGAAGUCAAAGUCGAGGAUUCUGAGGAAUUCGCAGUCAGUCCUGAACUUCAAAAGCAAGAAACCUGGGAGAAGACGUUCAAGCAAGACGUGGGGGACGGAUCUCAUUCCAGCUUACAGCACCCAAUCACUCGCACAGGACAACUGGCUACCCGGCCGAAUCCCUUGGAGCUGAAAUCUGAGGUAGCCGAGUUUGAGGAGAAAACCGCAGGAGGAAAUGAGGGGGAAGUGGAAGAGCUGCAGGCAUCUCGGAGUGGUGGAAUAAAUUUCCCAGAGGAUGUCAGCCUCUCGGUGUCUUCGUUUGCUCAGACGUCUCUUCAAUGCAGACUGCAACAGAAACUGGACAAGGAGAAGAUGAAGAAAUCAACAAGAGGAUCGGAGAAUUUGACAGCAGCUUCUUUCCAAUGUCGUUCCUUUCCUGCUGCCAGACUAAUACAGACAGAAGCCUUCAGCACUGAAGAAUAUCCAGGUCAAAAUCUGCACCAAGAGGCUGUAUCUGCCAGCCAAGGGUGUGAAAAAACGUUUAAAAUCAAAUCUGACUGUAACGAUGAGCCUGUUCAUUCAGUUCAGAAGCCACAAGCCCGUUGUGAAAGUGGCAGUCUGUUUGCACACAGAAACAGCCUUCAAGUAUUUAAAAGAGUUCACAAUGGAGAAAAAACACCCUGCUGUCAAGUGUGUGGCAAACAAUUCCCCAGUAAAAGUGCUCUUCAGCGGCACAUGCAUGUUCAUACUGGAGAGAAGCCAUACAGCUGUGCCAAAUGUGGCAAAAGCUUUUCACGUAACAGCAGUCUUCACAAUCAUUCAAAAAUUCACCUGGGAGAAAGGCCUUAUCGCUGCUCUGAAUGUGGUAAAGGAUUCUCGUUUUUAGGUAAUUUUCAUGACCACUUGCGAAUUCACAGCGGAGAGAAGCCUUACUGUUGUAGUGAAUGUGGCAAACGCUUCAUACAAGGAAGCAGCCUGCGGAGACACAUCAGAACUCACACUGGAGAAAAACCUCACUGUUGUUCUGAAUGUGGAAAGCAAUUUUCUGAUGGGAACGCGCUUCAGAGACACAGACGAAUUCACACUGGAGAAAAGCCAUAUUGCUGUUCUGAAUGUGGGAAACAAUUCUCUGACAGUAGCGCACUUCAGAAACACAGACGAAUUCACACUGGAGAAAAGCCAUAUUGCUGUUCUGAAUGUGGUAAAGGAUUCACUGUGAGUAGCAAUCUUCGGCAACAUGAACGAAUUCACAUUAGAAGAAAGUCACAUUCCUGUUCUGAAAAGUAGCUUUCUUCAGAGUCCUACAAUGUUUCUUAUUGGUGAAAAAACAUACUGGGGUUUAGAAAGUGGCAAUCAAGCAGCAGUCUGCAAAGAGCUAUACAAGUUUGUAGUGGAAAAAGGCCAAGUUCUUGUUCUGAAUGUGGCAAACAAUUUUUUGACCAUAACACUCUUUGGAAGCACACACAAAUUCAUGAAUUCAUACUGGACAUAAACCAUAUUGCUGAUCUGAAUGUGGCAAACGAUUCUCUGCCUGUAGCUCUUUUUAGCAGCACACAUUAAUUCAUACUGGAGGGAAGCCAUAUUGCUAUUCUGUAUGUUGCAAAUGAUUUUCACAACAAGGUUGCUUUCACUAUGUCUCAGACAUUUAAAGUGGAGAGAAAAAAGAAUCAGAACUAAGCUUGUUGUGGGGAAAAUAAAGAAAAAAAAACUAAACUGUGCUGGCUGCAAUGGACCUUCACCCUGUACAGGGUUCCGUCCUGCCUUGCACCCUAUGCCAGCUGGUAUAGGCUUCAGCAGACCCCUGUGCUCCUGAUCAGUACAAAGCAAUGUUCAAAAAUGACUGACUGACUGAAACUGUGCUGGGCUACUGAGAUCAGCAGGUCUCAUCAGAUUUGACCUUCCAGGACUUCUGGUCUCCCUACCAAUAUCCAUCACUCCGCAAACUGCAGGAAGAGGCAGCAUUGGGAACAACUGAGGUGUCACAGCAAGGACUUGCUGUAAAUCUGCAUGAAUAAGAAAGAGAGAGAGAUGUUCUGACUGAAGUGUGACUAUUAGUACACAAAACCCAUCGGGAAAAUUUCACCCUGAGAGAAGCCACACUAGCGUUCUGAAUGCGGGGAAACGAUUCUCACAAAUGGAUACACUUCAGCAAAAUAUUAGAAUUCAUACUAGACAGAAACUGGAUUCAGAGCGGUUCUAUGGCUUUGCUCCCUACUUCAGCAACUAACGAAUUGGCAGAUAAUGUUUAGGUUCUAUAGGGCUUGUACUACCCUGUUUUCCUGUCUGUUUAAACAAAUCUGAGUUAUUACGUGUACUAAGGCGGAGUGGUGGCUCUGAGACUAGGGAUCUGCACAGCCAAUCGGAAGGUUGCCAGUUCAAAUCUCCUAAAUACCAAUAGGCCUCAAUAGCCCUUGAGCAAGGCCCUGAACCUGCAAUUGCUGAGCGCUUUGAGUAGUGAGAAAAGCGCUAUACUAAUAAUAAUAAUAAUUGUUUGCAUUUCUAAAGUUUAAAAUUGACUUUUACCUGUGCACUCGUCACAAGUGAUAAGCAUUUCGAUUUACUUUACUGAUUCAAUUCAUUCAAACUUUCAAUGGAUAUCCAUAAACGGGUGUAUUCACAAUCUCUCGAUUGUAUAUGCUGAUAAUUUACAUUAAAUGCGCUAAUACGUUUAAAAAAAA